UUCUCGUCAGCUGUGUGUGCUGGAACAGACACGGAUAGACCCGCACGUUUACUUUCUAUGAAGAUAUUACCGUGAUUUUAUUAGGUUAAUCGCCAUGAAGGCGGAGAACUGGUUUAUUUUCACCUGCUGCCUCUGUGGCCUGAGCGCAAUAGCAGGGCUCGAGCUGGCGAGACUUGAUGAAUGUGGCACCCCUAGAAGGCCGCUUAUAGAUGCGGCUAACCUUCAAAAGCUGCGGGGAAAAAACGGCAGACGUGAUGCAUAAAAACAUCAGCGAUGGCCGGAUGCAUCAGAAGCAGAAAAUCGGCUGAUGAAGAAACUGUUUUCUUCAUACAAUGUUAAAGUGCGUCCCGCACGGAGCCCAGAGGAAAGGGUCGUUGUGAGGAUAGGCAUGACCCUCUCAUCAUUUCUCAGCCUGAACAUGAAAGAUGAGGAGAUGAACACUAUUGUUAUUAUGAACUUGGAGUGGAACGAUUAUCGCUUCUCCUGGAACCCAAAAGAGUUUGGGGGAAUUGAUGUGUUGCGUAUCCCGUCUGGAAAAGUGUGGCUUCCUGAUAUUGUUCUCAUCAAUAACAAUGAUGGCGUGUUUGGUGUAGCUCUACAGGUCCAUGUGCAGGCUUACAGUAACGGCCGUGUGACGUGGACCCCACCAGCACUUUACAAGAGUUCCUGCGGGGUCAAGGUGACAUACUUUCCUUUCGACUGGCAAAAUUGCACCAUGGUUUUCCGCUCAUAUACAUAUGAUUCCUCAGAAGUGGAUCUGCAGCAUGGCCUUGAUAAGAGAGGAAAUGAAAUCCGGGAGAUUGUCUAUGACACAGGCUUUAGUGGUAAUGGCACUGCCCCUUCACAUUCAUGGUCAUUAAGAUAUCAGACACCUAGAAAUGCAUGCAAUGCUUUAAAUGCAAUAUUUUACAUCAAACUGUUACAUUUCAAAAAAUUGCACAUUGUAUUAGACUGCUUAAAUUCACUCAAAAUGACAAUGGUGCAGUUUUUCUGGUCUCUCAUCCCAGAGAGUGGAGAAUGGCAUAUUCGUCACAGGGUUUCUAGGAAGAAUGUGCGAGAGGACCUGUAUGAGGACAUCACCUUCUACCUGAUCAUUGAGAGGAAGCCCAUGUAUUACGUGUUUAACAUCAUCCUGCCCUGUAUCCUCAUCACCAUCAUCGCCAUUUUUAACUUCUACUUGCCACCUGAUGCGGGGGAGAAGAUGGGUCUUUCCAUCAACGUACUGCUGACUUUAACUGUCUUCUUGCUUCUGCUUGCCAACAAAGUCCCAGAAACAUCUCUGGGUGUUCCCAUUAUUGUCAACUACUUGAUGUUCACCAUGAUCCUGGUCACCUUUUCUGUCAUCCUCAGCGUAGUGGUGCUCAACCUUCACCAUCGCUCCCCCAACACACACCAAAUGCCCCUCUGGGUGCGCAAGAUCUUCAUCCACAUGUUGCCUCCAUACCUGGGGAUGCUGCGGCCCAAAGUGGAGACCCCUCUUUUUCUUGAGAAACCUGCCAAAAAGGAGAACAUCCAAGCCAUCAGCAGAGUGGCCGAUGAGUACUUCAUCCGCAAGCCCAACAACACCAACUUCCUCUUCCCCAAACCCCACAGGUACCAGCCUGAUGGACCGUGCACCGACCUGAGGAAGUUCAUUGACGGCCCGAGUCAUUACCUCACCCUUCCUCCAGAUCUCAAGGCAGCCGUGGAGGCCAUCACGUACAUCGCAGAGCAGCUGCAGGCAGAGAAAGAUUACGAGGCUUUAAAGGAGGACUGGCAGUAUGUCGCCAUGGUGGUUGAUCGACUCUUCCUCUGGAUCUUUGUGAUUUUUACCACUCUCGGGACACUGGGCAUUUUUGCUGACGCCAGCUUCAAUGCCACACCGACUGACCCCUUUCCCUAAAUCUGACAGUUGUUCUUUCUAGCCCUAAACUUUUCGACUCAGUAACACUGGCAUGAGAAGGGUUAAACACUGAUGUGUAUUUAUGCACGAGUAUGGUCUUUUACUGAAACACAAAGAGCACAGCAAUUCAUUCACACAAUAUUUCUGUUGUAAUGCAAUGGAUAGAUGUAAAAAAUGGCUUUACUAUCACAGAGUUUAGUGGGAUUUGUUAUUAUAAUACAUUUUUUGCCAUUUUUAAAUUAUGCAGUUCCUCUUUUUGCUUUUCCAUUAGCAGUACAACAGUGGCUUUCACAUUGACUUUGUGUUUUACUCAUUAGUCAUUUGAGUUUUAAAUCAGUGUUUUUUGUUCUGGUUUUUGCCUACGAGAUUGUUGUGUGCAUCACGUAAUGUUACUGUAAUAUAUCUUUCUUUAUUGUUCCAGUUAAAUCAGUUUUUGCACAUAUGCAUUAUUGUUUUUUAAAUUAACUCCGUUUAGCUCACCUGCUCAGAUUUAUUUUUUUUCUUUGCGCUGCAUUCAUCAUCAAAUAAAUGUAGCCUUGGUGAGUAUAUACAUGACGUUUUUCAAAAACCCAAACCUUUAAACGGUGGUGUAUUUGCAUUGAUGAAUAAUGUGUAAGGAAUUGCUCUGAUACUGCAGUGUGAUGUGUGGAGACUAUUCUAGUCAUUAUAGUGACCGCUUUUUUAAGGAAACUUCUGUGUGCUGAAUAAAGAGUAAAGAGUGUGUUCUGAAAAUCUGCUUUUUUGUCAGAGAUUACAAAACAGACCUUUUACAUCCUGGGACGCUAAUGUCCUCUUACCUACAUAGACUCUAUCAGAGAGAACAACUGUAUAGAUGCAGAUAAACACAUUUACCUUCAUUGGUGGUGUAUAUUUGUCUAAAAAAGUGAUGUCUUCUUUAUCUCACAACACAGAGGCAAGGUUUACUUCUACAUAAACACUAAUCAGAAACUAUCCAACCUGAAGUCUGAUCAGUGGUCAAAGCCACACUGCCCUUAAAAAUAAAAACACUUUGAGUUUGCUGUUGAGCGUUGCCUAAUGUGAACUGACUUACACAAAAGAGAAGAUUCAGAAUGACUCGCAUAAGGCUUAAAAGGUUUAUAAAAGUAUCUCUAACAACCUUGAGAUUUAUCAACCCACUUAAAGACUAAGUGUGUAUAUUAUCCAGUGAACACGCUGAAUAAACCCAGCUAGCACAGUAGU